AUGAAGUCUGUCGCCUCUCUUUCCGCUGCGGCGGCCAUGCUCGCCGGCUCUGCCGAUGCCUUCUGGCGCAUGCCUUCCCAAGGCCGCGUUGCUCUUGCUCGUCUUGAUCCCAUCGUCGACAGGGGAGUCGCCUCUUCCCACGCCCAUACCAUCCACGGUGCAAACAACUUUGGCGCCUCAACCACCUACGACGACCUCCGCAACUCCGAGUGCACCUCUGCCCAGUUCGCGGAUGACAAGUCGGCCUACUGGACCCCGUCCCUGCACUUUGUCUAUGAGAACGGCACGACUGUGCUUGUCCCACAGGUUGGUGGUAUGCUCGCAUACUACCUCCUCGAGGGCGAAAACAUCAAGGCUUUCCCCAAGGGCUUCAUGAUGCUUGCUGGUGACCCACAUCAGCGCAACUUCACUCUCCCCGUGCCUGACCCCCCACUCUACGCGUGGACCGCAAAGGACAGGACUCAGCGUGCUCUUGCUGCAAAGAGUAUUGGCAUGAACUGCCUCAACUACGCCAAGCCUCCCGAGCCCUCGCGCUACCGCCACACCUUCCCCGACAGGGAGCUCCUCGAGACGUGUACCGACGGUAUCCGUGCCGAGAUGCUCUUUGCCUCAUGCUGGAACGGAAGGGAUCUCGAUACUCCUGACCACAAGAGCCACGUUGCCUAUCCCAGCGAGCUUGACGGUGGCUCAUGCCCCGACGAGUUCCCCGUUCGUCUGCCUACCCUCUUCUACGAGACCAUCUGGAACACGUACGCCUUUAAUGGCGUGCCUGGUCAAUUCGUCUGGUCAAACGGUGACGCUACUGGCUGCGGUUACCACGCCGAUUUCAUGAUGGGGUGGGACGUUGAGACCCUCCAAUCUGCCGUCGACACUUGCACCAACCUCUCUGGUCGCACCGAGGACUGCCCCGUCUUUGCUGGUCGUCUUCAGUCUGAGCAGGAGCAAACUCAGUGCAAGGUUGCCAAGCUCCCCAAAUUCCUUGACAACGACAACUGCGAAGGCCCUGCCAGCGCUCUCUGCGGCAACAACCCCAUCCAGUACGGACCCGCGUACGCUUCGUCUAACCCUCCUUCCUCUGGUGACAACGACACGCCCACCUCCGUUCCUCUGCCCAGCCAGUCGUACGCCCCUGCUAGCUCAAUGGGCGCUGGCGACAUCUCCGUCGACAACGUCGUUGAGAAGCCUACCCCUGCCGCUGAGUACAACAGCUACCCUGAGAUCACCCCCGCCGCCCAGCCUCCCAAGGAGGCCGUCAAUGAGGACGACGACGGCAUCGUCAGCACCACUACCUACACCAAGGACGGUGUUGUCUACGUUGUCGCCAUCAAGGAGGUCGAGGUCUACGUCACCGACCCUCUCCGCCGCCGCCAUGCGCACGCUCACCGUCGCAACAUUGGCAAGCACUAA